AUGGCGUCGAAAAGGGGAAACAUGUCACCAAAUGAAAAAGCCCUGAUGCGAGCAGUGAAGAGUGCCGAGUUUGGCGAAGUAAGCAGACUGAUAAUUGAACAAAACGUUGGAGUUAAUUUUUACGAUGUCUUCACACAAACCCCAUUGAUGAGGGCAUGCGGCCUGGAAAACGCAACAGAGAUAGUCGCUUUACUGCUGAAUAGUGGUGCAAAUGUAAAUGACCAAGAUAAGCGUGGAAGAACCCCAUUGAUGCUGGCUUGUACACAGGAGGAAAAUAUUGAUGUCGUCAAGCUGCUUUUGGACACCGGAGAUCUUAAUCCCAAUCUGAAAGACGAGAACAAAAACACAGCAUUGAUGCAGAACGUUAGCGUUGGAAACCAUUCAGUGAUGCAAGCUAUGCUGGAACAUAAGCGUUAUUCGCAGAAGCUUAAUGUGGAAACCGUCAACGAUGAAGGAGAGACGCCACUUCUUGCAGCCGCCAAUAUGAUGGACAGCAUGCUUGCUAAUGACAACGGUAAUUGCUCCUUGAAUGGGGACGAUAUAGAAGAAAUAAAGGAUAUAGAGAAACCUACUCUUAACAAUAUUUGCAAUGAUGAGACCAGCGAGUCGAAUAUUGUUGAAUACACAUCAAAUGACGCUAUGAAGAAGAAUACAGCCUUUGUCAACAUUGAUAAAAAUAACUCAACAAAAGAAGCUGAUGCAGAAGUGUUAAAUGAAAGUCAAAGUCAAAGUAAGAUUAAUCAGCUAAAUUCAGAAGCAUCCAAAAGUACUACAUCACUCGACACACCAGAUAUGAAACGAAAUACUGCCGAAGUCAAUAUCGGAAAUUCGACAACAAAGCGAGAUAAUGUGCAAGAGUUAACUACAUAUCAAGCUGCGAUUAAUCAGACAACUUCUGAAACAAAUCAUGUUAUGUCUUCUCAUCAAAAUGAAGACUCUGACAAAAGAGGAGAGGUAUCUGACAGUGUUCACCAGAAAGAUUCUGAAGCUAGCAUUCUUACACUAUCCCUAAAUUCAUUGGAUAAUUCCUCUAAGAGACAACAUACUGACUCAGAAGUGAAUACUGAUAUCUCUUCAACAAGAAAAGAUGACACGCAGGUGUUAAGUGCAGGAGAGAAGUCUGAUAACGUUAACGAUACAGUCACUGUAACAAAUACGUUUACAUCCACCCAAAAUACAUCAUCAUUGGAAAAAGUAGAUAUUCAGCAAAAUACGUUCCCGAAUAUCACAACUGACAAAUCAUCAGGCAGCGAACGAUAUAGCCAGUCUGUUUCUGUAUCAAGAAAUGGUUCAUCAAUGGAUGUUCAAAAUAUUUCAAAAAGCAAUACAGAGUCAUGUAAUGUUGAGUCGGUUUCAGGUCUAAUCACAGGUUAUUCAAAUACUGAUGAUAGUAAAGCAAUAGGGAGACUGACGCCAGACCCCAUAAGUGUACUGCCACCCAUCGAAAGAAAUCACGACAAUAAUGAUAUGACCUCACAUCGAUCUGCUUCUUCGCAAAACAGAAUUUCCCCAGACACCAGCAAUGUCCUGCCACCAAUUGAACAAAAAUUGGUUCAUGAUCAAACGGAUCAAAACAAGGAUUGUACGGUUAUCUCGCUGGAAGGGAGCAAUGCGACUGCGAGUCAAGGAUCGCCAAGAGACAUUUUUACUCCCGACCCAACCAGCGUUCUGCCAGCAAUUGAACAAAGAAGAAUCAGAAGUGAGAAUGAUCACCCAGAAAAAAAUGUUAAUAGAAUCGAAAAUGAGCAUGUACAAAAGGUUCAGGGGCCAAAUAUAUUGCCUCCAAUUCAACAUAGAGGACAUUCAUCAGAACUGGUAUUACAUACGGAGCAAACAACUUCAUUAACGGUACAAGAAGAGAGCAUAACCAGAGAAAGAAGUUCGCCAGUUUUACCACAGGAAAAUGAACACUCCUCUAAUACAGUGGAGUUUACUCAGCCUCCAAGGGAAAUUUCAAAAAGCAGAGAUGGGCGUAUCUCGCCCGCCAAUGAACGGGAUAAUAACAGCAAGGUAGAAUAUGCGGGGAUUAUUGUUGAAGAAAGAAAGGAGGAGUAUGUGGAGAAUACUCAUAUUGUAAGACAGAAGAAUCGUAGAAUUGGUCGUGUUUCACCUGCUAUGGCAUUGUUACCUUUAGUGGAUGAAACAGAGGUAAAGCAUAAGGAGGAUUAUAGUACGGGGACAGUUAAAGGAGAACCCGUGUCUCGGCAUUCAACUCCAGCAUUACACGUACGUCCACGAUCACGGGCACUAGAAGUGAAUACAACAGAAAUAAAAACUGACUCUCUGAACCCAGGUGACAGCAGCCCAAGGAGUCCCCGGGAACCUCUGCCUCCUGUACUCUUAAGGCGACCAAGCGAAACUAUAAUCGAGAAUUUGGAGUCGAAUCGUAUUAUACCCCCAAGUCGCAAGGGAGAACGUAAAACUCCAUCCCCGUUACCAAACACGCCCAGGCCUAGCCUUGCUGAAGCAGCAACUGUCAAAAUGAAACUUAAUCGGUGGUUAUUGGUGCCAGAUUCUAAAAGAAAAGGCCACGAGGUUGAGGUGUAUAAAACAAAAUCUGGCAGAAUAAUUCAUCCCAAUGUGAAAAAAGGCACCCAAGGUAUAAUCAUUGCCAAACUGAAAGCUAAAGGAUUGAGAGCGAAACAGAAGAAAGCAGCAGCUGCUAGGCAGGCAGGAACGUCGACUCAGCAAUCGAUGAAAAGUCCGGUGAAGUCAUCACGUCGCACAAAGGUGUACAAUACUGCGUGA